CGAAAAUUUAAUAUUACAUUUUGACACCUUAAAAAAUAAUGUUAUGCUAGACGCUUGAGCCUCAAAAUAAAAACAUUGAAGUUCGAUUUAGGGUCCCCCCUCACUAAUUUGUGGCGAUCAAAUGUAUACCAAUGUAGUAGGGAAGCGUGUUCUGGACGCUUGGUGUUGCAAUUGUUGUAUUUAGUUUAGGUCACACCUUUUGCGAAUUAUGGAUUGCGCAUGUGAUUAGGCCACGCCAUGGCGUUUUGCGCGGCCUCAAUGGAAAGUGUGUUUGCGUGGUUCCGUGGUCAGUUGGAUCUUGAUCAAGGACUCUAGACGCCUAGAUCCGGGCUUGGUUCCAGAAACUUGGUGGUGUGAAAGUAUGCUCUUUGUAUAGCAUUGGCCAACGAGGCCAACGAACAUGUUCUUCCACCAAAUUUGAGUUUGAGCCUUGUGUACGUCCCCUGUGCUUUUGCGCGCUCAAUCUCCUCACCAAGGGUUGGAUACAUUCAAGCCAUCCAAAUUUGAGUCAGUCCACUGUUUCAAGCUUCAUAGCGCACCCAGCCAACCCUGAGUUAUGCAGGUGCGGCCUGAAGUUUCACCACAAGACAUGUUCGGCAUUAGAAACCUUUGCGGGUCAGGAUUACACACGGACAACCAUGUCGAUGUUGUGCGAACAAUGAGGCUAUUGGGUGGCGCAUAGGAACUGGUCGCAGCUACAAGGCUCGAAAUUGAAAAUUGUUGCAUUGUAGACAUUCCUGCAAUGGCUGGAGCUGACUCUGGGCAAGGCAACGGGGCACCUGCUGCCGCUGAAAACAACUUCUGGCUGUGGGGCACCUGGGGCAAGAGAGUAAUCAAGGCACCCUUCCUGACUCAGAAAGUGCCAGGAAAGAUCCGUGACAUUAUCAUCGGCCAGAAUUUCAUCAUAGCUCUCAAAGAGGAUGGUCAGUUGGUGUCGUGGGGCGAAGACAAAGUUGGAUGUUUGGGUUUGGGCACGGAGGACGUCAAUGUACAAGAUCCAAGAAAGAUCCCGUUUCCAUCUGACUUCAAGGGCAAGGUUGUGGAUGUCCAAUAUGGUAGGCACCAUGUGCUGGCCUUGACAAGCACUGGUAAGGUGUAUUCAUGGGGCGACAACAACAAAGGCCAACUUGGCCUCAGUGAUCAGCAGAACCGCUACGAACCUGUGGCUGUGGAGGAGCUGCGGCGCUGGACCGUGAUUCAGAUCUUGGCCUUGGAUCACAUGAGCUAUGCACUGACAUCAGAUGGCAUAGUGUACGCAUGGGGCGACAACACCGAUGGCUCGUUGGCAUUGGGCCAUGACAAAGCUGUUGUGGACAAGCCAGAACCGAUGAUGCGAAUGCAAGGAACGGCCGUGAAGAAAUUGGUCGCUAGAGAUUGUGGCGGAUCCGGAGGGAAAGGAAAGACAGUGAUUGCCUUUGUUGAGUUAGCCGAUCCAUUGCCGCAAAAGGACAGUAUUGGUGGCUUUGAUCGUCCAUUAGGAGGGCAUGGGAGGCAUGAAGACAAAGACAAAGUGGUUCUAUCUGAUGACAUGGAGAAGGACAUUUUUGAAGGUGUUGACCUCAUGCGCCAGGUCAUGGACAAUACUCAGGAUUGGUGGGAGCACAUCCUCAAGGUCCGCCAUGGCUCUCCGUACAACGACAACCCUUUGCAGGUCGAUGACUUGUCAGACAAGAAGGAUGCUGACAACUGCACAGCAAUGCAGCUGGAUACGUUCGUGGCUUUGGACCAACUGGAGGAUGCGUCUUACGAAUUAGACAAAUUUAUUCAAUCUGCCCGCGCUCAGCUCUUCGAAAUUCGCAAGAAGAAGGGUACCAAAAAUGUCAAGUUCAUGCUAUCUCUUUUCAUGGAUGACUGCAAGCUUCGACGGGAGAAGAUUCGAAGGGCUGUCGCGGCACGCCAGCUCAUCGAGUACAAACGGGGGAUGCCCAAAGACCCGGACCUACUGGCAACAGGGGCAGAUCGCGGCGCAGACUUUUUGCGCAAAGAGACUGAAGCUGUGUCGUCGCAGCUCUCCAAAGUGAGGGACUUGCGUACGUACGACCUGUUCACCCGCGUUCUGCAGGAGAGUUUGUCAGAAGUGCUGGAGGCCAAACUCCAGGUCCUAGGCCUCCAAGAAGAAAUAGUAAAGUCAAGAAGCGGACAAAAGCCAAAUCUGGCUAUACCAGGACUCAACAUCCUUAUGGGUAGAUGGGCUGACCUCAAGCGGUUUUCGAUCUACAACCUCUAUCAGGAAUGCAACCUUCGUGGACAGGGUUUGGCAUUCAACUCGGAUGAUGAAAUGUUUUCUUUUCUUGUCACCAGUUCCGACGCAAAGAUCGAUCAAAUCAUCCAGAUUGACAAAGACGCGCUUGUCUCACGUGACAGCCACAUUCCGGGGCUUUGCUACGAGCUUCUGGCGGAAAAUGCCGAGCUCAGGAAGAUGUGCAACGCCUACCAGUUGAAGGUCCUAUUGUUGAGUUCCGAGGAAGGCAACGAGAAGGCCUUGGCCACAUCCAGUUAACAGAUGAAGAAGCUUGGUUGGUCACAGCCACAGCGCUCUUUGUUGUCGCCAGGCAGUUCGCAUGCUAAAUUUUAUUUGUGUUGGUGUUUGAUGCGUACUAUUUGUGGUGGCUUUAGUGGGAGAAACAAUUGGCUUCCUUUGGCCCAGGCUUAGGCUUAGACAGUACAGUCCUCCACUGAGACUCCCCGGGCUUUGAAGCUGUGCCUAGAUUCUGUUUGGUGCGUUGUAUGAUCGCUGGACAAAGAAGUCGAAUUGUCCAGGUCGCCUUAUUCGCUGAUUCCAAAGUAGUUCUUCUGUCACCAAUAAGUAGGCUAAGAGGGCAAAGUGAGGCGUCCUGAAGGUUUGCUCUGUUGUUUUCCGAAUAUUUGGCACACGGCUGGAGCAGCAUGACUUGCUGCGAUUUCAAUAGUUCUUCCCUGGUGGACAAUCAACAAAGAUUGUCGUCAUCAAUUCCUCUCAAGCCCAGUAUG